UGUUCCGCUCCGCUUUGCCCACUCCCGACUUCUCUCCCUCCGGCGACGCGGCGAACGCCCGCACUUUUCCCUUUUUUGCACUCCAGCCCUUCCUUCGUUUCCAAGGCCCACCUCGCCGGCGACGCGUCGGUCGUCGGCGCGGCGGCAGCCAUGGCCGUGGGGUUCCUGGCGGGCUUCAUCCUCGGCCUGCUGGCGCUUGCGGCGGUCGAGGCGGCCGCGGUUCUGUGGGUCGUGCGCCGCCUCCGCCGCCGGCAGGAGACGACGGCGGCGGCUUCCUCUGCAUCGGAGGAGGAACUCCCCGGCGAGAGACCGUUUCCGUACGAGAAGAAGGGCUCUCUGUGGAUACUAGAGCCAGAAAAGCUACCAAAAGUUAGUAAUGAUCGCUUAUCAAGUGGAGGUCCCAAAGAGGCGAACGACAAAAAAAAUGUUGUGGAGGUCUUUCCUGCAAAGAAAAUGGCUAAAAUCAAGGGGCAUACCCUUAGUUUGUCUGGUCCUGACGGUGCUGGCACAACGAUUGAGCUUUUGAAUUGUACGGUCGUUGCUGUUUCUGCAUCAAGUAUGGCCUCACGCAAAUGGACUAAGAGGUAUCCGAUAAAACUGGAAAGCCAGGAAUCUGAGAUCUACAAUGGAAGCAAGGUGUGCUAUCUUUAUGCUGAGACUUCAUGGGAGAAGGAAUCAUGGUGUAAAGCACUCCGUCUUGCAGCGACUGUUGACAAGGAGAAAUUGAAUUGGCAUGCUAAGUUGAGCAAAGAGUUCUGUAAUUACAUAUCAUCGUUAAAUUCUGAAUACCCAUGUUUCCUAAAGCCCACGGUACUUUCAGCUGAGGAUCAUGAGGUUAUAGACAGCACAAUAAAGACUGAUGGGUCUUCCAAAGUACGCCUUUUCCUCAAAAAGUUAGCAAAGAAGGCAUCUACAAAGGCUCCCGUAGAGGGUAAAACAAGUGUGACAUCAUCCACACAAGGAGAAAGGAAGGUGUUUGAUAAAAUACGCAGCUACCAGGGUACACAAUUUAUUGAAGCCUUAUUAGGCCCACAAGAAGACAAACUCAGUAGCAGCUCAUCACAGGAUACGGGGAAACCGAGUGCCCCAACUGCUCCUUCGAGUCACACUGGACAGCUUCCAGCUUUUCCUGAUGUAAAUGCAGAUGAUAGAGUUGCAGAUGAAGGUACACUUUGUUGGAACCUUCUAUCCUCACGGCUGUUUUUCGAUGCUAAAAUGAGCGAUGUGAUAAACAAGGCCAUCAAAGCUCGUAUUCAGCGAACGUUAUCAAGCAUGAGGACCCCAGCUUAUGUGGGUGAAAUUACACUUGCGGACUUCAGUCUUGGAAAACUUCCACCUUAUGUACACGCGAUGAGAGUCCUUCCACUGGAUCUAAAUGAGCUAUGGGCCUUUGAAGUUGAUUUUGAAUAUUCCAGUGGAAUAUUAUUGCACAUUGAAACAAGGCUUGAGGUUGAGGAACCAGAGUUACAAAAGGACCUCAUGAAAACUAACUUUGGGACAGAUCCUAAUGGGGAGGUUGAUUCUGAUCUUCUUGAGAGCAUCGAGCAGUAUGGUAACCAAUUUAGAAACUCACAGAACUCAGUUUCUUCAGUGGAAGGAAAAGAAGAAGCAGAUGCUAGUCAGUCUAAGAGCACCGGAUGGACAUCCGCGUAUUUAUCAAGGUGGAAAAAUAUAUUGCAUUCUAUAGCCGAUCAUGUCUCACAGGUUCCACUUUCUCUGUCGAUAAAAAUUUCAUCUGUUCGAGGUACCUUGCGCAUUCAUGUGAAGCCCCCUCCUUCUGAUCAACUUUGGUUUGGAUUCACAUCGAUGCCUGAUCUAGAGUGGGACUUGGAAUCUUCUGUUGGGGAUAGGAAAAUUACCAAUAGUCACAUUGCUUCACUUAUCGGUAACAGAUUCAAGGCUUCGCUGCGUGAUAGCAUGGUGCUUCCAAAUUGCGAAAGUAUUUCUAUGCCAUGGAUGCUGGCAGAGGAGGAUGAUUGGGCACCUCGCAAGGAUGCACCUUUUAUUUGGCUCAACCACGAACCCACAGAGACCAGAAGCCACGCUACAGCCGUUGCGCCAACCCAUUCAGAGGAAGCUAUUCCAAAGGAAGAUGCUAGCAAUAUAAAUGCAGCACCAAGUUUGCGUGCUUCCUCAGCUGGAAGUGAGGAAUCACGGAAAUCUAUCGAUGAGUCGACCGAAGAGCCUGCAGCAGAAGGAUCGCCCGUGCAGUCUCUCCUAGCCCCAGCCGGUGAAGCUUCUCCUCCCCCUCUUGAUGCACCUGAUGAGCUGAGAAAACCGCUGCUGGUCACAGAAAAGCGCCAGGAAGACACAUCAGAGAGCAGAUUGGGUUCUCCCCUGUAUACAUCUCUGAGGACCAUCUCUGCCGGGGACGAGGCCAAACGAAAAAGCGGUAGGCGGAGUCGGAUGAUGGACUUGGGCAAGAAGGUGGGAGACAAGCUGGAGGAGAAGAGGCGGCAAGUGGAGGAGAAGGGGAGGCACAUCGUAGAGAAGAUGCGGGAGAAUGCUAGGACCAACAGCUUGGAGAGAACUACCGGUAGCACCAGUUAGCUAGGAGACAACAGUUCAGUUGUGCUAUGUUUUUUCUCGUUGUGCUAUUUUUACCAGUUAGCUAAGCCAUGCCAUUCCCUGUAAUUCUUUCGUCAUGGAUAACUUGGGACUAGAAAGUGUUCUAAGUCCAAAGAGAGACAUGCAAAUCGGCACAUGUACAAAUGUUUGAUCCACAAUGCAAGUCUAGCCGUUGUUUCACAAUA